AUGGCACUAGACGGAUGUGGGCAGCUGUGUAAGUGUAUCCUGAUCCUUUUCAACAUCAUUUUUGCCGUAAGUACCCAUAAUCUCAAUGUAACUCUGUAGACCUAGUGGUAACAAAUUGGUAUCUGGUGUGCAUGAGAAAGAGAAGGGGGCUGGUGUAAAAUGUAAAUUCAUUGUAGUAGGUGAAUAGUUCUAAGGGCAUUGUCUAUUUAUCUUUGAUCAACCUAGGCAGCAUUUGCCAUUUGCUGAUUUGGAAAUAAGCUUUGCUUAAAGUCAAAUAGCAAAAUCUCUUAUUUAAUUUUUGUCCAGACCCUUGCUACCAUCUCUGAAUGGGAAAUACAUUUCCAUUGCUGUUAUUAAAAGGCUGCAUUUAUUGUCUGUAUGACUGAUUAAACCCCUUUCCCAUCAAAGUACCAGCUCAUGUCUAUUGCUCACAGUUGUCCACAUCAAAUAAAAUUCGAUUUGUCACAUGCGCCGAAUAUAACCGGUGUAAACUUUACAGUGAAAUGCUUGCUUAUGAGCCCUUCCCAAUUAUGCAGAGUUUUAAAAGAAUAUAAAUAAAAUAGUAACAAGGAAUACAAUAAAAUACAGGAGAAUGGCGCUACAGCCAGGGAGUACCAGGACCAGAUCAAUGUGCAGAGGUACGAGGUAUUUGAGGUAGAUAUGUACAUGAAGGCAGGGUAAAAUGACUAGGCAUCAGGAUAGAUAAUAAUAAGAGUAAAAUAAAUUAGCAGCAGCAAAUGAUGUGUAAAAGUAUGUGUGUGUAAUGUGCAUGUAUGUGUGUGUGAUGUGUAUGUAGUGUACACACACACACACGUAUAUUCCAUUAAUGAACUUCUCCUUCAUUAAUGGAAAUGAACGAGAAGUUUCGUUUCCCAUGUUAAGUUUCAAAAUGUUGGCGUUCAUCCAGGUGAUGCAAAACCACAGACUUAGUGUAUCAUUGGGAUGUGGUUAGUUCACUUUACCAGCUAACCGAUAUUUCAAGCAGGGGAAUUCUAUAUGAAUUAAUCAAAAGUAAGAAACCAAACCAAACUUAAAUAGCAGAGUAGAAUCACACAGGCGUGCUGUUUAAUUCGUUGAACUAGUUUAGUCCUGGCCCCUGGUUGAGGAAGCUAUUCUGUUCAGUAUUUAUUCUGUGCUUUGAAAGAAAUGUCUCUUGUGGAACAUUCUUUCUUGUUGUUUAUCUAGCUUUCCCAAACUAGACUAUAUUUAUUCAUAGUCCUUUUUUGCAAAACAGUGCUGCACCUGACAUUACAUGAUGACAUUACUCUCAUCAUUUUACCAAUCAUCGUUGUCGGAUGAAAACCUCAUCUCCAAAACAUAAACUUUUCAGGAAAUGGAAAAAACAGCCAUAUUUUCCCAUUAAUAAACAUACAAUUAUGAAACUUCAGAUGCUAUUUUGAAUACAUUUCUUGGUCCUAGAGUCAUGUCAUGAAAUGAAAUGUUCACAGCUCAAUGAGGGGAGUUACUGCUUUCCAUACAUGUAAAAAAACAAACAAAAAAAGUUUAGGUUUUCAUCCGAUUCAUUGAACAUUGUAGAUUUCAUAGUUACAUUGAAAGGGAUACUUUGGGAUUUUGGCAAUGAAGCCCUUUAUCUACUUCCCCAGAGUCGGAUGAACUCAUGGAUACCAUUUUUAUGUCUCUGCUUGCAGUUUGAAAGAAGUUGCUAACUAGCGUAGCACAAUUGCUAACUAGCAUUAGCACAAUGACUGGAAGUCAAUGUAACUGCUAGCAUGCUAGUAGAUACCAUAGACUUCCAGCCAUUGCGCUAACGCUAGUUAGCAUUGGUUCGCAAAACUACUUUUAACUUCUUUCAUACUCAGUGCUUGACUUGGGCAUAAACUCACCGGAGCUGAGUACCACCACCUCAAUUUUUGUGCUGCUUGAGCUCCCAUUCCUCUUAUAGAAUAUUAGCUCAAAAGUAUUGUGGAGCUCCUGCACCUAAAUAUAAAACAGUCCCGGCACCCAUAUUGAGUGCCGGCACCUAUUUCAGUCCAAGUCAAGCACUGUUCAUACUGGAUGCAGAGACAUAAAAAUGGUAUCCAUGAGUUCAUCUGACUCUGGGGAAUUAGAUAAAGGGCUUCAUUGCCAAAAUCCAGAAGUAUCCUUUUAAUACUAGUACAUCUUCUACACUAUAUUUGUAACAUCUUGUGUGAGACUGAUCUUUAGGUAUGCUUUCACAACCUGUUUCAUGCACAGUUUUUGUGGUUUCUUCUGACAGCUGGUGGGUUUGGCGAUGUUGGGGUUGGGCUUGUGGCUGAGGUUCAGCUCUGAGACCAGAGGAUUUUUCAACAUAGACCUCAACACGCAACAGUUUGUCAUCGGUGAGCUCACACAACUCUGCUCUACUAAUUUCAGCCUGUAAAACCUUUUGCAGCUGUAAGCCAUGGAUAGACAGACUAUACAACUUUAGGUCAGUUGUUUAGUAUAUAUUUUAUUACAGGUUUAUAAACUCAUAAUUUCUUUAUUAAUGACUUAGAAACAUUUGAAAACCAUUUAUAAAGUAUACCUUUUAAAGUGUUACUGAAAAAUAAUUAUAAUCACCAUUAGUACUGAACAGCUAACAUUGACAAAUGGGUAUCUCUAUCUCUCAUACUUUAGGUGUGUCCGUGUUGAUUGCGUUAGGAGCAGUGAUAUUGCUCGUAGCUGCUUUCGGAGACUAUGGAGCGUGUAAUGAGAAUAGGACUGCUUUGGGAGUGGUAAGCUACAAAGAAAAGAAAAACGGCAUCCAUUUUCCAUUAGUUACACUACACUGAAGUGGGAGCACAAAGUAUUUGACAGCCCUGAUUUAGAGGCUUGAGUGGGCAGUGGUAGGUAGCCUUAGCUAAUUCAAUUGUCCGCAAACAAGUCAAGGGAGAUCAAAAUACUGAAACAUGAGAGCAAGACAGAGACCAGACAUGCUUUCAGAAAGCAGGUAUGGAUAUCCACCCCUUUCUAGUGACGAACCAUGCAGAUUCCCUUCUACCACAGGGAACAUUAGUGUCUAAGAACAUACAUAUUAGUUUAACUUCCUAAUAAGAGUUCCUCACUAGAAAGUAUUGAAACUUGUUCAGCCCAAUAUUUCACCCAAAGCCCUUAACCACAAAGAACCGCCAAAAUCUAAGCUGUGACAUGGAGCGUUUGGAAUGUUGGGUGAUCCUGCUGCGUUUUCCCGCCAUAGAGUUCUCUGGUUCUCCUUGCCGCAACUCUGACCUCUCUCUCUCAAGGGCCUAGCAAGCACUUGUCAUCAAUCACUCAACUGAGCUGCUACCUCAAGAGCCAUGGUGCAGUUUACAACCAUAGAGGAGCACUGGGAGUCUCGCCUGUUUGUCUGAGAAGGCCAGAGACUUUUAAACUCCCAUUUAACACAAUGGCUCGAGAUAGGAAAUACUUGCUUCCUGUAUACAAGCUUUGCUGUAGGACAUGACACUACACACGUUGGCAUACAUUUUUGUGAAUGACCAGCUCAGCGGGUGACCUGUUUCACCACCAUUCCAAGGGUAUAAUCGGUAUAACGACAGGUUCAUAGUUUCCAGUUCUUAGGGAUAGAGUGAGUUCAAGGAGGAGGUCAAAGGGUCUAACAAAGUUCCUAGAUUUGGAAAGCACUUUCACAGCAUGAAAUAACAACCUAAACUAUUAUUAUUAGCUAUUCCUCUACGAAACACACUACAGUCCUAUAUGUCAGAGAGAAACAGAUGAUGCAAUUAUGACUGCUACAUAUCACAGAUUGACAAAGUAAUGUGUUUACUAAUUGACUUAUGCAAAACAGCUAUGAUGAGCUGAAGUCAGUGAGUUCUCUCUUGCCCAGAGAUUCCUGUUGCCAUUUUGAGGCAGCGGUUGCUUUCUCUCCGUGUGGUUUAUUUAAGGAAUAAUGCCCGAGGAGGUGUGGUAUAUGGCCAAUAUGCCACGGCUAAGGGCUGUUCUUAUGCAUAACGCAACACGGAUUGCCUGGAUACACCCUUAGCCAUGGUACACUAUAUAUACAAAAGUAUGUGAACACCCCUUCAAAUUAGUGGAUUCAGCUAUUUCAGCCACACCCGUUGCUGACAGGUGUAUAAAAUGAGCACAGAGCCAUGCAAUCUCCAUAGACAAACAUUGGCAGUAGAAUGGCCUUAUUGAAGAGCUCAGUGACUUUCAACGUGGCACCGUCAUAGGAUGCCACCUUUCCAACAAGUCAGUUCAUCAAAUUUCUGCCCUGCUAGAGCUGCCCCGGUCAACUGUAAGUGCUGUUAUCGUGAAGUGGAAACGUCUAGGAGCAACAACAGCUCAGCCGCGAAGUGAUAGGCCACACAAACUCACAGAACGGGACCGCCGAGUGCUGAAGCAAAUGGUCAUAUACCACAAACCCCCGAGGUGCCUUAUUGCUAUUAUAAACUGGUUACCAAUGUAAUUAGAAUAGUAAAAGGUCUUUCUUUCUUUCCCAUGCUAUACGGCCUGAUAUACCACCGUUUUCAGCCAAUCACCAUUCAGAGCGCGAACCACCCGGUUUAUAAUAUGGGAUGUGUCACUGUAAGCGUGUCAGAUUUACUUUAGAAGCACUUACUGUAGUUCCAAACCUUCACACAGUUUCUCAGAAAAGUCAUGGGCUUUUCUCAUACAGUUGCCACUUUCAACUUUGUUCAUUGUGCAUACAUUUAACAUGUCACACACACUUCACAAAUAAUAAGUCAAUUUGAAGGACAGCUGUGGUUUUAUGUGUGUUUAUUCAGUAAGUAUGUGUGCUGUGUUGUUGUAUUUCUGAUUUGUUUACCUGCCCCUCCCAGUUCUCCUGCCUGCUGGGUAUCCUGGCUGGAGUACAGAUCGGAGUCGGAGUGAUCGCCUACGUGAGAAGUGAUGAGGUGAGAAAGGAAGAACAGAAAGAGGGAGCAAGACAAAAUGUUGAAUAAUAAACAACGUCAAGGCUUCCCUUUCAUGCAGAUCACAAAAACCUUUGUUAGUUGAUUAAAUGGUUGUAACCAACAGUGUAACACCUGUCCACCAGAUGCAUCAAAUUCUUUGCAUUCCAGCGGAAGUCAUUCAUUGUCAAUGGAGCAGUCCGCAACACUACAUUGGGGAUGGCGUAGGCUGGGGUGCGUUCUGUGUACCGCAUGCCAUCAAUAUUUUCAACUUGUGCGUUGCUUUACCGUGCGGUGGUACAAACGGAAGUACACACACUGACUCCAAACUAGCUAGCUUUUAGCUAGUUGAAAAGCGAAGCACAUGUUCGUCAAGUGGGGAAAGUGCGAGCUAGACAUCUGGCAAAACAAAACGCAUAUGCAUGCAUCUGGUGGACAUCGGACGUAACUCCUGCUUAUGUGUGGUCUUGUCUUUGUGCUGUGCAGGUUGGGAAGCAGCUGGCGGAAUUCUAUGCUACAGUGUAUGCACAGUAUGUGGCCAAAGGAGACCCUGGUAUGGCGGUUACCCUGUCCAUCUUCCACAAUGGGGUAAAUACAAAACAUAUCCCAAAACUUUUAAUAGCAUCAUCGCUUUAGUUUGGCACAUUUCAGUCCAUCAUAACUAAUUCAAUCCAUAACAGUUCCAAAACCAUGAGAAAACUAUCAAAACCAUUACAUCAAAUGUUACAUUUCACUUGCCUUCACCCUCUCUCUCCCUCUUCUAGUUGCACUGCUGUGGACUCAUUGGUGCCUUGGACUUCUUGGUGAAAGAAACAUGUCCAAAAACCGGAUUUAUUGAGACCUUCACUCUCCCGGUGAGUCGGUGUUCAUUAUGGGGCCAAAUCCUAAUUUGAGAAAUAUGUGCAACUUAAAUCUGUAUAAAUUCUGUAUUUAUGUCAAUGGUAUAUUUGCAAUGAAAUCAAGUUACAGGAGCAUCUCAAGAUAGGAUCCAGUACCUUUUUCAUAUUGACUGUAUAAUUGACUAUAAUUUGCACAACACAUUUUUGUAAAAUAACCCGUAAAAGAACUGUGACAAAUGAAGUGUUACCCUAUGUUUUAUCCACUAUGGAGGCAUCCAGGAGGCUGUCCUAGAUUUCCAUAUCUCUAGGCUGUAUAAAACCCAAGGCUCUAACCCAUCCCACACUGGUGUCUCUCUCCCCCUGCAGGCCUGCCCCACAGUGAUUGUCGACAUCUUCGUGUCCAAAGCGCCGCUGGUGAUGGGCCUCUUCCUUGGGACUGCGACUAUGCUGGUGGGCAAUACUACACACACACACACACACACAGCUCAGUGCACAGAUUUGUUAACGCAGGGUAGAUACUCAGUUUAUUAGGCACACCAAUCUAGUACCGGGUCGGACCCCCUUUGCUUCCAGAACAGCCUGGAUUCUACAAGGUGUUGGAAACGUUCAAUCAUUGUUCAAUUGGUAUCAAGGGACCUAACGUGUGCUAGGAAGACAUUCCCCACACCAGUACACCACCAGCCUGCACCGUUGACACCAGACAGGAUGGGGCCAUGGACUCGUGCUGCUUACGCCAAAUCCUGACUUUGCCAUCAGCGUGGCGCAACAGGAACCGGGAUUCGUCAGACCAGGCAAUGUUUUUCCACUCCUCAAUUGUCCAGUGUUGGUGAUCGCGUCCCCACUGGAUCCGCUUCUUCCUGUUUUUAUACCGAACAAAAAUAUAAACGCAACAUGUAGUGUUGGUCCCAUGUUUCAUGAGCUGAAAUAAAAUAUCUCUGAAAUUUUCCAUAUGCACAAAAAACUUAUUUCUCUCAAAUUUUGUGCACAAAUUUCUUUACAUCCCUGUUAGUGAGCAUUUCUCCUUUGCCAAGAUAAUCCAUCCACCUGACAGGUGUGGCAUAUCAAGAAGCUGAUUAAACAGCAUGAUCAUUCCACAGGUGCACACAACACAAUACCACAGAUGUUUUAAGUUGAGGGAGCAUGCAAUUGGCAUGCUGACUGCAGGACUCUCCACCAGAGCGGUUGCCAGAGAAUUGAAUGUUCAUUUCUCUACCAUAAGCCGCCUCCAACGUUGUUUUAGGGAAUUUGGCAGUAUGUCCAACCGGCCUCACAACUGCAGACCACGUGUAACCACGCCAGCCAAGGACCUCCACAUCCGGAUUCUUCACCUGCGGGAUCAUCUGAGACCAGCCACCCGGACAGCUGAUGAAACUGUGGGUUUGCACAACCAAAGAAAUUCUGCACAACUGCCAGAAAGACUCAGGGAAGCUCAUCUGUGCUCGUCGUCCUCACCAGGGUCUUGACCUGACUGCUGUUUGGCGUCGUAACCGACUUCAGUGGACAAAUGCUCACCUUCGAUGGCCACUGGCACGCUGGAGAAGUGUGCUCUUCACGGAUGAAUCCCAGUUUCAACUGUACCGGGCAGAUGGCAGACAGCGUGUGGCGUCGUGUGGGCGAGCGGUUUGCUGAUGUCAACGUUGUGAACAGAGUGCCCCAUCACCUUUUUUAAAAUCCACUCCCUACCUUUUUUUUAAGGUAUCUGUGACCAACAGAUGCAUAUCUGUAUGAAAAAUGUAUGCACUCACUAACUGUAAGUCACUCUGGAUAAGAGCGUCUGCUAAAUUACUAAAAUGUAAAUAUCUGUAUUCUCAGUCAUGUGAAAUCCAUAAAUUAGGGCCUAAUUAAUUUAUUUCAACUGACUGAUUUCCUUACAUGAACUGUAAUUCAGUAACAAGGAUCGACGAGUUGUGUAUUCCGAGAUGCCAUUCUGCACACCACUGUUGCACUGCGCCGUUAUUAGUCUGUUUGUGGCCCGCCUGUUAGCUUGCACGAUUCUUGCCAUUCUCCUUCGACCUCUCUCAACGAGCUGUUUUCGCCCACAGGACUGCCGCUGACUGGAUGUUUUUUGUUUGUCGCCCCAUUCUCGGUAAACCCUAGACACUGUCGUGCGGGAAAUGCCCAGGAGGCAUUUCUGAGAUACUGGAUCCGAAGCGCCUGGCACCGACGAUCAUACCACACUCAAAGUUGCUUAAGUCACUCACUUGGCCCAUUCUAACGUUCAAUCAAACAGUAACCGAAUGCCUCGAUGCCUGUCUGCCUGCUUUAUAUAGCAAGCCACGUGACUCACGGUCUGUAGGAGAGAUACAUUUCAUGAAAGGAGUGGUGUACCUAACAAACUGACCAGGGGCGCAACUUUGGUUUUAGAAGUGGGGUAGACAAACUGGCAGGGGGUCUGGGGGGGUCCUCCCUCAGAAUUGUUUAAGCAUCUAUAGCUCAUUUCCUGCAUUUCUACACAAUCUUAUGACCUUUUUGGGGUCACUUGUAUUAUUCUAUUUCUUAUUUAUAUGUUUCUAAACACUUGUACAUGAAUGUGGAUGCUACUAUGAUUAUGGAUAAUCCUGAAUGAAUCAUGAAUAAUGUUAGAGAUGCACAAAUAUCAUACCCGCUCCCCCCAAAACAUCCUAACCUCCCCUGUUAUUGUAAUGGUGAGAGGUUAGCAUGAAUUGGGGAUAUGAUAUUUGUGCAUCUAACUUUCUCACUCAUCAUUAUUCACAAUUCAUUCAGGAUUAUCCGUAAUCAUGGUAACAUCCACAUUAAUGUAGAAGUAUUAAGAAACGUUAUUCUUAUUUACAAUAAGUGACUCCAAAAUGACACAAUACAUUAUUUAUUGUCUGUUAAGUUACCUUGCCAGCUACAUCAGUCAAAUAAAGAGUAGCCAGUUUCUGCUCUGCUUGUUUUUACAACUCUGAGAAAAAGCGCAACACACAGAGACAGCAGCUGCCUCUUAUCGCAAGCUCUGUGGUGUCCGCGCGGUCUUAAAUCAAGCGGGCUGAAACCAAACUGCCACCCGACCGCUCUGAGGAGUCCGCAUGGUCCUAAAGCACAACGAUGCCGCUUUUUGUAUCAAAACUGGGGGGGACAAAAAUGCAAUUUCAGAAUGUCCCCAGUGAAAUUUGCACCCCUGAAACUGACCACUGAGUGUAAGUUGCUGCAGGGGUAGAACUGCACUGGUUAGAAGAGAGCAACAGACAGGUUGUUGUUACAUCUUUCUGUUCUUGUUUUUCUACCCUCUGCUUAACCCAUACCUUUGUCUGUUUCUCCCAUCCUAUACCAUCCCUCCGUUUCCUCUCCCCCUCCUUUCAGAUCUUGGCCCUGGUGUGCAGCUCCCUCCUCAGCAAAGAGAUCCAGCGCUCCCAUUCUUCUCCUCCCCCCUACAUCCUCCUCUCCACUACUGUCCUCCCCCCCCCUAACCCGGACCCUGUGGGCUUUACCCCGCUCCCAGUCAUACCUGUGGCUGAUGCACUGUAA